AUGGAGCCAAUCACUAUCUUGUCCACCAGACGCCUGUGGUCUGGCAAAGGCCGAGACAACAAGCAGCAGCAAGCGUCUGUGUGGUGGUUGCGGAGGGCACUGGCCGUGGCCGCUUACCAUGUCUCGUACUCGCUCACCGUCAGCGCGCUGGCUCCCUGCCGCGCUUGCCCUGACGGAGGCGUCCUGCUUUCACGACGAUUCGUGUGCAAGGAUGCGACUCAAAACGUGUAA